CUGUUGAGAGAAAAGGAAAGGUAUAGAAAGAAGAGAGAGAAACACACAGAAAUUGUUAGAGAGAGAAAGUCACCCACUCUAGUCUCUAUAUGCCCUUUGAACAAUUAGAUUUCACCUAACAACCAAGAACCUUUCUUUACCCUAUCAAUUUAAUUUUCUUUUUUUAUUUGGAAUUCUUGUUUCUUACAUCAUUUUUUCUUCCCUUUCGGGGGAUUAGGUUUCUUUUUUCUUGUUGUUGUUCUUGUUAAUAAAUCAAAUAUGCUUUGGAAAAGAUACAUGCUUCAAUCCAAUUCUUUUUGGGUUUUAUCUUGCCGUUGGAAUAUGUGCAAUUUUUGUCCAGUUUAGGUGUUUUGCUGCAUUUGGUUUCAGUUUUGGUUUCUGGGUUUUUCUAUUCAUACUGUAUAGGAAUAAAGAUUGGACCUGUUUAUUAAGCUUGAAUCCAAAUUAUUUUUUAGGGUUUUGUUUAGUGCAAAUUAGAAAAUGUAUAUUGAAGAACUGAAGGAGGAGAGGGAAGUAGUUAACAGGGAGGAGAAGUUUUGUGAUGAUACUUGUGAAGGUCCAUUGGCUGUUUCGGAUACGAAAAGGGCUUUGGUUGGAGCGGGGGCUCGUGCUCUUUUUUAUCCUACAUUGCUGUAUAAUGUUGUGAGAAACAAGAUUCAGACCGAGUUUCGAUGGUGGGAUAGGGUUGAUGAGGCGAGCGGCGAGCGUGGCGAGGCAGGCCCUUGUCGCCUUUUGUCACCUCUCGCCGUCCAUAACACUGUGUCAUACAUUGAGUUCAUACUGUUAGGAGCUGUUCCAUUUCCUACUGAUGUCCCUCGCUUGAAGGCUCUAGGUGUUGCUGGAGUGGUCACGUUGAAUGAAUCAUAUGAGACUUUGGUCUCAACGUCAUUAUAUCUUGAUCAUGACAUCAAUCACUUGGUGAUUCCUACCAGAGACUAUUUUUUUGCACCAUCAGAUGGAGAUAUUGACCGAGCUAUAGAAUUCAUCCACAGUAAUGCAUCUUGUGGGAAGACAACGUACGUACACUGUAAGGCCGGCCGUGGACGUAGUACAACCAUUGUCCUUUGCUACCUGGUCAAACACAAGGACAUGACACCUGAGGCUGCUUAUGAUUAUGUCAGAUCCAUCAGACCAAGGGUGUUGUUGGCCCCCUCUCAGUGGCAGGCUGUUCAAGAAUACUACACAAGAGUAAAAAAUACUGAUAAUGAUGUUUGUAGAGAUGAUAAUUCAUCGAAAAUGCUUGACGUUCCAGCUCAAAAAGAAGUUGCUGUCUUUGAUGAUGGCUCGGUUGUUCUAGUCUCUGAAUGUGACCUUGAUGGAUAUGAUGAAAGUGUUGAGUCAGAUCUAACACGUAACGAAGUGUUAGUGGAUUUAAACCUUGCAUGUAGAGGAGUUCAAGUUGCUCGCCAAGCAGCAAUUUCUCGGCUUUCAUACCUUUGGCUUCGCUAUCAUUCAACGAAGAAGCUGGGAAGUAUUGGCGUUGACAUCCAUGUUUAUUGAGAUGUCAUAUAUAUCCUAGGCUGUUGUCUGUUGUCCUUUUUAUUGGUGGUAAUAUUAGAUGUAUCCUCCCACCCCUUUUUCGUGUCCUCUGAGGAACUACAUCAAAAUUGUUGGAAAAAUGUAACUUUGAAGUUGUGAGAAGAGAAAGAUUCAACAAGUGUGCGUAGUUUAAUAAUAUGAAAGUGUUGCGAAAGAGCAUAACUGUAAUCAGUUGAGUUGUCUUUGUAAGGAAAUUCGUAUUACUGAAUUUUGAUGUGUCUAA